GGGGCUUUGUUUCUUCUGGUGCGAUGGGAUCAGUGCAGCUCGUCGUGAUCACAAUAACAAAGUACAAAGUUGUCUUGUCGACUCGACGCUCCUCUCGCCUCGUUAGCGCAGGGGCACGGGGACGUUAGCUAACUUGUGAACCUCGUUCAAGCAGAGAACCGAGACGCGAACAUGUCCGACGGAAGCCUCUCGUUGAACCCACGGAACCAGGAUCUUUGGGAGGGAACGUGAGGCUUGACUGAUGACAUAAACCAAGCAUCCACCUGGAGCCGUCUCCUUGUUUGUGUUUUUGUUUUGUUUGUGUUUUUGAUUUUUCGUUUGUUCAGUCUCCAUCUUUCUUACCUUGUGUUCACCCUCCUCUUGUGCAAAACAGAUACUGAAAUAAUGCAGUAGCAUUUGAAAUGAAACUUAAAUGUAUCACACUACUGUCCAGUGGAGAUAGCCAUAGAGGUUUCAAGGGUCUUGGAAUAGCCCAACUAAUCAUCUUUAUGGCAUUAAUUACAUUUCAGACCGCACUUACCAGGCAACAUACUUACAUACACAAUUUUUCACUUGUGCGUUAAUUUAAUUUAACUUAAUUGUUGUAGCCUCAUUGUCUAAACCAGGCCUGUUUGUUUGUCUUAUUCAUGCUUAAUUGAUUCGUUUUUCAGUAAGUCUCUAAUAAUUAUUUAAACUUAUUUUUAAUGUUGAUUAGCUGCUAAGCUCCCUUGAAUGGUUUUCACAAUUGGCGGAAUUCAUUUGUGUUGUAAACUUAUUUUUUUUACAUAUGCAAUCUUUGUGAAAAACAAAGACUGACCUAGAAGUGGAAAUUCAAUAUUACGUCCUGUUGUCUUUGAAUGUGUUCAAGUGUUGCCUAUUCACUUUUUAACUGGCAGCAAACUGGAAGCUUAUGGCUCUUUGUAACUUUGACACAAAGACAUAAGCAGUACCUGUCUUCACUGGAUAUAUACAGUAAACAGAAAAACCUUUGAACUGGAUGAAGUUCUUUUUUCUUUUCUAAUGAAGACAUACUACUGAAAUGGACACACAGGAACAGGAAUUUUUUUGGGACUUUGUUGAAUUCAAGCACUGAAGAGGAAGAAUGAUUUUGUGGCGAUUUCAGGGACAAAGUUGUCUGACAAACUUUCAAUUACCCUUUGAUUUUCUCUGCAAAUCUUGGAGAGUUGCCAAAUUUCACCCCUAACUAUAGAAAACACUUUCUAUAAACUUGCUAGAUGUAAUUUUUCCUCAUUAACCCCGUCCACUUCAGCUGUGAAGAUGCGAUCACCAGAGCCCUCUUCACUCUCUCCAGCAGAAGCCCUCCUUCAUGGCCAGUUUGCGAGCUGGGGAUCAGGCAGUAACAGCAACAAUAACAGCUGCCCCAACAGCCCUGGUGGUCCAGGCGGACUCUCCCCUGCUUCCUCCCUUACUCUGGCUCCGGCCUCCAACUAUGCCUUGACCCUCACGCACACCCACAUACACAUCCAGCGCUUGUCACCAAGGUCGGGGAAGGAAGCCCGUCUCCUGCUGCCUUUAUCAGAGCUGGUGGGGUGCAGCUGCCCUCGCGCCCCUGCACCCCCUCUCCUGGUGCUGUACUGGUACCCGCCAGGGAAACGACGGAAAGGGGUGUCCCGGCGCAGGCAGGUGAGGGCCUACCUGGCAGAGAGCAGGCCUGAAGCUGAGAGGUGGUCGGCUGCUCUGCAGUGUCUCCUCAGAGGUGUGACCGUCACUGCUGACACAGAAUUUUCAAGAAGUCUGCUACCUCGUCCCAGGCGACUACUGUUACUGGUCAAUCCCUUCAGUGGGAGGGGCCAGGCAAUGCAGUGGUGUCAGACCCACAUCCUGCCAAUGAUCAGAGAGGCGAACAUCAGCUACAACCUUAUUCAGACAGAGCGUCAGAACCAUGCGAGGGAGCUAAUCAGAGAGAUAUCGCUCCCUGAGUGGGAUGGCAUCGUCAUUGUUUCUGGAGAUGGCCUGCUGCACGAGGUCAUUAAUGGGCUGAUGGAGCGUCCUGACUGGGAACUAGCAAUAAAAAUCCCUGUCAGCAUUCUGCCCUGUGGCUCGGGGAAUGCACUGGCUGGCUCCGUCAACCACCAUGCAGGGUAUGACAUGUGCCUUCGGGAGCCUCUCCUUUUGAACUGCUGCUUUUUGCUCUGUCGAGGCGGUGUCAGACCCAUGGACCUGGUCUCCGUGACAACAAGCCCUGCUCCCUCCAACAACAGUCGUACUGCAGCACCCAAAAGACUGUUUUCUUUCCUUUCUGUUGCCUGGGGCUUUGUAUCUGAUGUGGACAUAGAGAGUGAGAGGUAUCGUGGCCUGGGCUCAGCCCGCUUCACCCUCGGCACCCUGGUGCGCAUAGCUUCCCUGCGGUCCUACAAGGGUCGUCUUUCCUACCUGCCGCCCUCUCUUGUCACCACAUCACCAGAUACCACACCUCCUCUGCCAAGGAGGUCGUUCUCCCGCAGUAUAACAGAAGGUCUUGAGGGCUUUUGCCAAACGCCCAUUCAUCGCACCUGCUCUGACAUGGGCAUCAGCGAACAGAGAAGCCUGCGUAUGGGUGAGGGAGAGAGGGAAAAAGAGGAGAGGCAGAGAGAAAGGGAGAGGAGAAGAGAGAGGGCCAGGGGAGGAGGAUCUGGUGUGGUGAGGGCCAGCAGCUUGGCAGAGGACAGAGAGAGGGAGGGGCAGAUGGAGAUGGAAGCAGAAGAAGAGAGGUCAGGGACAAGUUCAGAAUCAAAUGAAAGGGAUGGAUGCAAUAUGGGAGGGGAACAAAGGCUGCCAGGGAUCAAGGAUGAAAGGGAAGAGGAGGGAAGAGCUGAGAAAGACUCCAGUGAGAUGGAUGAUAGGGGGAAGGAUGGGGAAAGCAGUGGCGGUUCUGUAGUGGGGGAGGGAGUGUUGCAUGCAAGAGAGCUGGGAGAGAGCAACAGGGUAGACAUGGGGCGAGAGGCAGAUGAAGAUCCAGAGGGUUGUUUCACUUACCAAGACAGUAUUCAGAAGGGCAGACAGUCACUACGAAAGAAUUCGGCUCCUUCGAGCCAGAUAGCCAACACUCUCUUUAACCAGCCUCUCAGUCAGGGGGAAGAUGCAGAUUCUGGAACCUCAUAUGGGCUGGAGGACGUGGACCUCAACGGAAGCUACUACCAGAAAGAACCCUACCCACUUGACGUUGCUCGUGAGCGAUCUCUCACCAUCUCCUCUCCCUUUCGUCACUCCCCAUUCUCUUACAAACCCAAGACACUGGACCAAAACCAGAACGCCUCCAGGCCGAGGCCUCUUUCCCUCCUCCAGCACUCCCACUCAAACUCCCUCCCCCCUAAACUCCCCUCCCUCUCUUUGUCUCUUUCUCCCACACCGCCCUCUUCCCCAUCUUGUGCCUCUCCACACUCCUCAUCCUACCUUGUCCCCCGUCCGAACACGCCAAACUCCUCCUCACCCUCGCCCUCUCUACGCACACCGUCCUCUUCUUUUAACUUUGACAUUGCUGAGCCAGCAGGACCCCUUAGGAACCGUCCUUUUUUUUCACUGCCUUUAAAUCUCCCAAGGGAUGACUUGUUACCCCCCCUCGACCAACCCCUCCCCACCAGAGACUGGGUCACCAUUGAAGGGGACUUUGUCCUAGUCCUUGCCCUUUAUCAGUCCCACCUCGGGGCUGACCUCCAUGCUGCACCUCAGGCCAGGUUUGACGAUGGGCUGAUCCACCUGACCUUUGUGCGGGCAGGGAUCUCCAGAGCCACUCUACUGAGAUUGUUCUUUGCCAUGGAGAGGGGAACCCACCACUCCGUCAACUCACCGUAUGUGAGCCAUGUCAGCUGCAGGGCCUUCAGGCUACAGCCUCUGUCUACACGAGGGACCCUCACUGUGGAUGGAGAGCUGGUGCCCUACGGGCCGCUUCAAGCACAGGUUCACCCUUCCAUGGCCCGUCUCAUUGUUGGUGACUCUGGUGUACAGAUUACCAGAUUCUAAUCAGGAGUUGGUCAAAUUGAUUGACAGAUACUCUGCUGAAUUACGUAAUCUCUGUUGCCAUCCAUACUCAGAGAGAGAGAGAGAGGCGGGGGGCAUCUGAGAGACUUAAAAUAGCCUAGAUUGCAGAAACUGCUUUUCUGGGAUUUGAUGAAGGGAUAACCCACAGAGCCACACGUCAUUGGAGCAUGACUGCAGGGAUUAAUAGCAAAUUUGAAAAUGGAUGAAAAUGCGCCUCAUUGCACAGCUGUUGGAUUACGCUCAGCGUCCGCUGAGAAGCAUGAAAACUGCACAGACUGGAAUAAUACGAGGGAAGAACAAUUGAAUGUUGAUGGGAUUUUUUGUGCAGAUAGUGCAUGUGUUGGAUGUAUACAUAUUCGUAUGCAUGCAGAUAAGCACUACCUGCUUUUUGCCUUAUUUUGAGACGGACAGGAAUCAGAUUAAAAUCAGAGAAAGUUCUUCUAAAACAUGAAAAUCUGUAAAGAAAUGAGAUUUGCUUGGUCCUACUCCCCCUAUAAAUUAUCCCCAACCCUCCAACUUCAACACUAACCCCCAAAUCUUUCAAAAAUAUGAAUAUAAAAACGUCUGUCCCUGAAAGGAAUGCCUUAUCUGACCCUGGACAGUACUGUUGUACCUUUGCCCUUUCUAACUUAUAUAAGACUCCUAAAGCUUCUUAAUCUCUAUCCACCCAUCAGAGUAUCCGUCCUCUACCUAAUGCUAUGCUUAUAUUCUGAGACAUACUGGUAGACCAAUCUACCUACCAUUAUGUGUGAGAAUGCUACUCUCUGUUUUAAGCAUCCAUGUAUAACGUGUGGAUCAAAGUUCACUUUAAUGACUGUUUUGUUCAUUCAAGUGAGUUGAAGUCGAGGAGCGAUAUCAUGCUUUAUAUUACACGAAUAGGAGCAAUGGAACCGUUGAACGGUGACAAUUGCUGAUAUUUUACAUCAGCUUCCUGUUUUUAUUAGGCAGUGGGUGCACAAUGAUGAUGUCAGUGAUAUCAAACUGCAGCGCAUUGAACAUAAAAAUGUCUUACAAAGCUUCUUUGUCACUGGUUUUAGACUGUUCAUUGUAAAGAACUCUUUCAGAAUUACAGCCAUUAGCCCUCCUCACUGUUUCAUGUCGACAAUAUAUCACAAUUUCUGAGUAGUCGUCUUCGGAAGUGUAACCAGAGGACAUUACGUGCCUCUGUUAAUUAGCAUGUAGUGCAGUUCUUUUGCACAAUAACUGGAGCUGGAGAAGUACCGAAAAUCACAACACUAGAAUGCACAGUAAGAUUUAGUAAUGCAGAGUCAGAUACAAUGUUUUGUUCUGUAAAAUGGAUGCACUAGUGGCCUAGUCCAGAUACCAUUAUAAUUAGUUAGUUACAUUCUUAGGCUGAAAUUGAUUACAUUUUUCAGUUUGAACACUUGUAGCUUUGGAAAGGUCGAACUGGCUAAUUACAAAAUAAUUAAGACUCUAAAAUCCUGCUACAGCCAAACAAGGAAACUAUAAAACCCAGCAGCUUUGUGUUGUUGGAUCAGACUUUGUAUCAGGCGAGAAAUCAGAUGGAGGAAUUAGCCAAUCUGUUAAACAAAUGUGAUAGAUUGGUUUUUAACUUGAAAAGAUCUUGAGAACAUGAGUGCUUCCAAAUAAUAAUGUCCUAAGUGUAAUAAAACACCAGAUCUUGGAGCCCGACUAGGAAUUGUGGUGUUUUAGAAAUCAAUUGUUAUAAUAAAACCUGCUGAUAUACUCGAUCUGGACAAAGGACAAAUCAUUAGCAUGUGCAGUGUUUCAAUCAGUAAGAUCAUGUGUCGACCCCUCUGGGUCAUCAUCAACAUACUGUGUCUCUUGGUCAUGCCUGGACAAAUGAAUGCCUUUGUAUGAUAAGCCUGUAAAUUCCGGCUGUUGAUCAUGUUCAAACCUGACUGCAGAAAAGUGGAGUAAAACUCUUUGCUCACCA